GCAUUCUCAGCAUGGCAUCUAGGUCAAGCAUUAGACAUGCACGUCUAUCUCUCAACUUCGCAAAGCAACGACAUCUUCAUUCAGUCGAAUUCGAAGACAGAGAAGGAUUUGCCCCACUUCGUUUGGCAAAACAUUACAUUUGGUGAUUUCACUGAAGCGCGGGUUGCAGAGUUAGACGUUAAAUUCCCUGAGAGCGUAUUGAAUAACGGUUCGCUGUGGGCAGACAUAUACAUCACCAAAGAUGGCGCUCAUCCAGACCCACAAACGCCUUCGUAUGAUCCCUCUAAUGUCCAUCACGUCCGAAAGCUUCUGACGCCGUAUCUUCCGAAGCUCAAAGCUCGCAAGGAAAAGAAUUUACUUAGUAAAACCGAAGAAACUGAGGAAAAUCAGAUAGAAGAAGUGAGCAUUUGCAUUCCGGAAAUUAUCGUUCCACAUUGGCAUAGAAAUGUGACUUUGGCCCUCAUUUCAGACGCUGCAAUUCUCCCGUACGGUACUCUUGCACCUCCUCUUCUCGAACAUGUCUACUUAGUGCCUGACCAGCGAGAUGAGACCGGCACUAAGGGAUGGUACAAACCUAUUGUUUUUCCGAACGAAUUUUGGCAUCUACGGUCGCAUUAUGUCGAACUCAACAGCACUACGCCCUCACUGCCAUUACAAAUUACGCUCCAACCUAUGACUUUCUUCAAAUUCCAGAUUUUUGCAUCCAUGACGCACGGUUUCAACGAAGCCGCCAAACAACAAGGAGGCGGUGGUGCAGAGCUUGACGAAGUGAAACGAAUGUUGCUGGAAACUAAUCCCUGGUUUUUGGGUGUUACGGCCCUUGUCAGUGUGUUGCAUGUUUUAUUCGAGAUGUUGGCGUUCAAAUCGGACGUUUCACAUUGGCGACAGAAAAAAGAGAUGGUUGGCGUUUCUGUCAGAACUAUUAUCACAAACGUCUUUGUGCAAAUUGUGAUCCUAUUGUAUCUCAUCGACAACAACGAAAAUACAAGUUGGAUGAUCCUUAUGGGAUCCGGCAUGGGCGUCUUGAUCGAAGCCUGGAAGAUCACUAAAGCCGUAGAUAUUCGUGUGAUUCCCUCACCCGCGGGCUCACUCCUACCAUAUAAGCUUGAUAUCAAAGAUAAACAUGUGCUCAGCGAGGAUGAGAAGAAGACACAAGAAUACGAUAAACUGGCGUUCCGCUACGUCUCUUGGGUGGCAAUACCGACACUUAUGGCGUAUACCGUGUACUCGUUGAUUUACAAGACACACAAGGGAUGGUAUAGUUUCGUGAUAACAACGCUCACUUCCUUUGUGUACAUGUUUGGAUUCGCGCAACUUAUCCCUCAGCUGAUCAUCAACUACAAGCUUAAGAGUGUUGCUCAUAUGCCAAUGAAGGCCAUGAUAUACAAGACACUCUCAACAGUUGUCGAUGAUUUCUUUGCGUUUUGCAUCAAGAUGCCUUUCUUGCAUCGCUUGGCCUGUUUCCGGGACGACGUAGUAUUCCUCAUCUUCUUAUAUCAGCGAUGGAUAUACCGCAUUGAUCCUAAGCGGGUGAAUGAAUAUGGCCAAGUUCUGGCUGCAGACGUACAUGCCACGGUUGUAGAGUCCAAGAAAGACAAGUGA